AUGUUUGUCUACAAGAGAGACGGACGCAAGGAACGCGUACAAUUUGAUAAGAUCACUGCUCGUGUGUCAAGGCUGUGUUAUAGCCUUGACCCGGAGCAUGUCGAUGCCGCUGCUAUCACGCAGAAGGUGAUCUCUGGUGUCUACCAGGGUGUCACCACCGUUGAACUGGACAACUUGGCCGCUGAGACUGCAGCUUAUAUGACCGUUACACAUCCCGACUAUGCCAUCCUCGCUGCCCGUAUAGCCGUGUCGAACCUUCACAAGCAAACAAAGAAGCAAUUCUCGUUGGUCAUUUCGGACCUCUAUCAUUAUGUGAACCCGAAGAACAAGAAGCCCGCGCCGAUGAUUUCCGAGGAAACGUACGAAAUUGUCAUGAAGCAUGCCGAUGAACUGAACUCCGCUAUUGUGUACGACCGUGAUUUCAACUACAACUUCUUUGGCUUCAAGACCCUUGAGCGGUCAUACUUGCUGCGGAUCGAUGGUAAGGUUGCCGAACGUCCUCAGCACCUGCUGAUGCGUGUGGCCGUUGGAAUCCACGGUGAGGACAUUGAGAGAGCCAUCGAGACGUAUCACUUGAUGUCUCAGAAGUACUUUACGCAUGCCUCCCCAACUCUGUUCAAUGCCGGCACCCCGCAGCCCCAGCUUGCUUCGUGCUUCCUGGUCGACAUGAAGGAGGAUAGCAUCGAGGGUAUCUACGAUACUCUGAAAACAUGUGCUAUGAUUUCCAAGACUGCAGGUGGCAUUGGUCUCAAUGUUCACCGAAUCCGGUCUACAGGAUCUUACAUUAGUGGGACCAACGGCUCCUCCAAUGGUAUUGUCCCCAUGCUCCGUGUGUUCAACAAUACUGCCAGAUACGUCGAUCAGGGAGGCAACAAGCGCCCCGGCGCUUUUGCCAUUUACCUGGAGCCCUGGCACUCGGACGUGUUCGAGUUCUUGGAUCUCCGAAAGAACCACGGCAAGGAGGAGGUUAGAGCACGUGAUCUGUUCUACGCCCUCUGGACUCCGGACCUGUUCAUGAAACGGGUCGAGGCCAACGGCGACUGGACCCUCUUCUGCCCCAAUGAAGCCCCUGGGUUGGCGGAUGUCUACGGCGACGAGUUUGACACGCUUUACGAAAGGUACGAAAGGGAAGGUCGAGGCCGUCGGACGAUCAAGGCCCAAAAGCUUUGGUAUGCUAUUCUGGAGGCUCAGACGGAGACCGGAAACCCGUUCAUGCUGUACAAAGAUGCGUGCAACAAGAAGAGCAACCAGAAGAACCUGGGAACUAUCCGUAGCUCCAACCUGUGCACGGAGAUCGUCGAGUACAGCGCUCCCGACGAGGUGGCUGUCUGUAAUCUGGCUUCCCUUGCGCUGCCCACCUUCGUUGACGCGGCGCGCGGGGAGUUUGACUUUGGCAAGCUCCAUGAAGUCGUGCAGGUUUUGGUCCGCAACCUGAACAAGAUCAUCGACAUCAACUACUACCCCGUCCCAGAGGCUAAAAAGAGUAACUUCCGCCACCGUCCUAUUGCUCUCGGCGUCAACGGUCUGGCGGAUGCCUUCCUGGCGCUGCGUCUGCCCUUCGACUCGGCCGAGGCGAGGCAGCUGAACACCCAGAUCUUCGAGACGAUCUACCACGGAGCCUUGAGCGCCUCGUCGGACCUGGCCAAGGAAUACGGGACGUACGAGACCUAUGAGGGGUCACCCGUCUCCCAGGGCAUCCUGCAGUACGACAUGUGGGACCGCACGCCGACGGACCUCUGGGACUGGGAAACCCUCAAGGCGAAGAUCGCGCAGACGGGUGUGCGGAACAGCCUGCUGGUAGCACCGAUGCCGACGGCCAGCACCAGCCAGAUCCUGGGCUUCAACGAGUGCUUCGAGCCGUACACGUCGAACAUCUACUCGCGACGGGUGCUGGCGGGCGAGUUCCAGGUGGUGAACCCGUGGCUGCUGAAGGACCUGGUGGACCUGGGGCUGUGGUCGGACAACAUGAAGAACCGCAUCAUCGCGGAUGGCGGGUCGGUGCAGAACAUCCCGAACAUCCCGGCGGACAUCAAGGCGCUGUACAAGACGGUAUGGGAGAUCUCGCAGCGGUCGAUCCUGCAGAUGGCGGCAGACCGGGGAGCGUUCAUCGACCAGUCGCAGUCGCUGAACAUUCACCUGAAGGAGCCGACGAUGGGCAAGCUCACGAGCAUGCACUUCGCGGGGUGGAAGAUGGGGUUAAAGACGGGCAUGUACUACCUGCGGACGAUGGCGGCGUCGGCGCCGAUCCAGUUUACGGUUGACCAGGAGCAACUGAAGGUGGCGGACACCAACGUGGCUCGGGCGAACGGGGCGUUCAAGAAGCGCACGGCGGGGGCGACCGCCACGGCAACCACCACCCCCACCACCUCACAGAUGUACCCGGCGGUGCCACGGUCGUCGGUAGUGAACGGGGAGGAGAGGACUAGUAGCAGCCCACGGACGAUCGUGGCGGGUGAGUCGGCGGCGGCGGCGGACGAGGAGGACGAGGGGCAGGCGGAGGAUAGGGCGGUGGAGAGAGAGGAGCGGGAGAGUGACAUUUACUCGCAGAAGGUGCUUCAGUGUAGCAUUGAGAACAAGGAGGCGUGCCUGAUGUGUCAGGGGUAG